AUGCAGAAAGUGUCCCCUAACGAGGCCCCUCUGGGGCUGCUGCUUGACUUGUUGCUGGGGUUAUGAACCCUCGCCGUGUGCCCCACCGCCUGCUCCUGCAGCCGCAGCCACAGGGAGGCCGACUGCUGCUUGCAGGCCCUGUGAGAGCUGCCCGCUGGCCUCCAGGACAACCUGCGUCGUCUGGACUUGUCCCACAACCCACUUUUCGACCUGGACGGGGCGCUGGUCGCCUACACGCACCUCCGUGUGGUGGACGUGUCUCACAACCUUUUGAGUCGCCUGCCGGCACGCUUGCCUCACUCCCUCUGGUGGCUGCACGCCGCCUCCAACCGCAUCGGCCGCCUAGACAAGAAGGACACAAUGCACCAGUGGAACCUGAGUGUGCUGGACAUCUCCAACAACCAGCUGGAGAGGACGGUUUUCAUCAACAACACUCUGAUCAAUCUGUGCACAGUCAGCUUGAGCUCCAAUCAUCUCUGGACGUUGCCCACCAACAUGCCUGCAUGCCUGGAGAUUGUGGACAUCUCCCAUAAUUGGCUGGUGAAGAUGUUGCCAGGUUCACUGGACCGACUUCCCAAGUUGACCUUCUUCUAUCUUCACAUCAACCGCCUCUCCAACCUGCCCUUUGGAGCGUUGGACAAGAUAGCUUCCCUUCAAGUGCUCACUCUGGGAAACAACCCCUGGGCCUGUCACUUCCAGGAGGACAUACGCUACCUCCUCUCCUGGUUGCAGCGUACCCCCGCCCUGGUCGUGGGUUGUCCUUGCCACACCAACCCCAUCUGUGGAGGAGUGCACCCUGGUCAGGAUGGAAGGUGGAACUUCUCCUUGUACAACUUUCACACACAAGACAUCUUUGCAUCUCCACCCCAUCACCCACGCCACAACACGCCCGCCGCCUCACUCAUCACCAAAACACACUUCAUCACCACGACAGAAAACACUUCCAUCCAAACCAAGAAGUGUUAG